AUUAUGGAGAAGACAGUGUUAUAAUGACAAUUCAUCACCUCAGUCAUUUUCAUACCAUUUUAAAACAUCACUGAGCGAUUACUCUGCUUUUUGGGGGGAGAAUUUUAUAGGUCAGUUGAAGGAUUCUGCAAGUAGCCGAGCAAAACCUUUGCCUCAAAUUGUGAAUCGCCUCAGUGCUUCGGACUUAUCAGACACUGCAAAGGUCAGACCUCAUGUUGAAAUUCGUGAUGUGAAAGUUGAAAAACGGCCUGAGACGAUUAAGAUCAGUUCUGAACAAUAUUCAUCAGUGAAAUCAGUGACUUAUAAUGACAUGGUGCUAUAUGCUGUGGAGCCUAACAAUGUGGUGGAACUAACCUCAGAGACAUUGUUUGUUAUUUCCAAAUUAUGGGUUAAAACAAAGUGCCUGUAUAGUGAAAAAUCACCUAAUGACAUUUAUUUAAAUGGAUUUAAAAUACACUCCUUCAAUGACGUAUUUGACACUCCCUGUCGCUCCAGAGAAAUCGGCAUCUUCGCGAUCGAGAGAUUAGCAGGUUCACGUGGGUCGGUAACCGGCAGCGAUGUGAGAUCCAAGUGCUUAGUGAUGAAAAUAAAAGAAAAAUAUUAUGCUGUGUCUUUAUUGCAUUCAUAAUAUCUAGUUGUUUCUAUGUAAUAAUUUGUAAAUCCUACAAUCGUAACAAUCAAUUAAUCGUUCUAGUUUAAAAAAUAUUUCAUCGUUUCCUAGCUCAGCUUUCUCAAUCCUGCAAGUUUGUUGGGUAUGAGUGUGGACCUCUCUUGUCGCGACGAUGCGCAUGAGCCUCAACGGGGGCUGUUGGCGGGGGGGUAUGCGUGUGGAGAAACUGGACGGGAGAGUGGAGCCAGAGGACCUAGGCCUCUUGGGCCCUGUCCCCUGUUCCUCCUCGCCCUCUCAUACGGUUGCUUCCUGCGGGGAUCGCAGAUCCCGCGAGGCCUCGGCUUUCAGCCUAGCUUGGCGGGCCCUGCGUUUCUCCGCGCCCGUCCGCCCCUUCUUUCUUUUACCCUGGGUGGGGUCAGCGACAGCGGGCCCACCAAUGGUCGGUCCCUCUGAGGCUGGCUCCCCCUCUACCUCCUUCCUUCCUCCUUCUCCUCUACCCGAAAGCCUCUGCCGUUCCCUCAAGGAGGGCACCGUCAUCGGCGUUAACAUUUUUACUAAAAGUUGGGUCCAUAAAAUUCCCAUGAGUACCCACGAAAAUACAGUCCACCCCCGCAGAGUCUGGAUACGGAGGUAAGGCAUGAAUACAAUGGGGUGCUGCCUGGUUCCCCAAGGGUAUCGUUCGAGACACUGUUCCCCAGUGCCAUUCAGCCCUCGGCACGAUUACUUCCACCUUGGCUUGGGGCGUCUGGUCCGCGGCGAUGCCUUGGGUCUUCCUGACGGGGCUUUACUCCUGUAGGUCGACGUUAUAGCUGUCGCUAGCCUGGUUCCGAAGUGGGCCCAAGGAUCCUGGAUUCAGGUGCUGUUACCCAGCUUCCUGUCUCCGUCCCCGAGGUACCACCCAUUCUCUGGCCUUUCCCGCUAUCCGCCACCUGGGAACGCGCUCAGUCGGUGACUCGACCGUCCCUUUCGUCUCGUCUAUAGAGCACGUCAGGGGUGAGUCUUCUUUAUUAUAGAAAAAAUAAUUACCUACUCUUUACAGAAAUUUACGACAAGGCCCAAAGGAGGAUCAAACGCCUUUAUAAAAAACGUUACAAUGUCGACUCAACAGAUUCAGAGACUGACAUCAAUCGACAUAGAAAAUUAUGCAAAAAUCGAGUUGCAGUGAUGGCAAGGCGAACUUUUUCUUUAUUGGGAGAAUCUGUUGAAGAAAGAGAUUCGUGUACAUCAAGAAAACCGACCAUUCAUGAAGCUGAACAGUCAAGGGAUAAGAAUCAACCGAUAGAUAAUGGCCCAGCGGGGGCUGGAACAUCACAAGGCGGAAUGGCGUCCAGUGAGACGAAAAAUGAUAAAAAAUCAGCGUUGAUAGCUCGUCUCACAAACCUACGGGAAGGGCCAUAAGCGAUCCUCUGAAACAAUUUUUCGUAGAUUACUGUGAUGCGAAAUUGGACCUUGCCGUAUACACACUCCGUGAUGAUUAUACAAACUUAAAACGAUGCAGCCAGUAUGAUCUAAGCAAGAAAAUGGAGGAGCUUAAGACCACCAUGGUCAUGCAUCAUGUUGCUGGAGAUCAACCCAUGGUGUCUCCUAGAGAAUGGUUAUCCACAGAAUUUCCCAUCAAGACAUUGGAAGAAUUCCUGGACUUCGAGAGGACUCUAGACCCAAUGCAUGAGGAUAAUUUGGCUGAUCGUGGAAAGGCCUUGAGCAAGCGGGUCAAGCUUAUUUUAUGACUGUUCUAACGAACAAGGAAUCAAAUUAUGCUGCAGACAUUAAGAAGAUUCUCAAAGAGAUGAUCGCCAAGGACGUCCAACUUAAUUAUAGUGGCAUAGGUCGUGUUGUGAAAGGAAAGGGGAAAAAAAAUUAAUGCAACAAUGACUUUUGCAUAUUUUAUUAAGACAAAAUAUAAAGACUCCAAGCUGCCAUUGAAGAUUAUCACGAUUACCAGUGAUUGGCUAGCGACAGAGAUGGAGGAUGCAUGCAGCGUAAAAAGGACAGAAGUCAGAGAAAUUGAACCAUGGCUUACCAGGUAGCACAGGUUUUUAUGUUGUAUUCAGAGUCAAUUCGGACGAGUAACAAAUCUCAUAUUUUAUUUUUUAUGUGGAGCUUCCGAAAUAUAUAUAAUCCAUUGUGAUAAGUGUGGUCAAGUCCAGUUAAAGUUUGUAUUCUUUCUAUUUAAUAAUUUCAGAAAUGUACAUUUUCGUGAUUUCUCGUUUUUUUCGGGAAAGCUCAACCGAAAUCGUCUUUUUUAAUUAUAUUCAUUGGACAUGUCAAAUUUAUAAAGUAUUUCCUCUCGUUCAAGCUCAGGCACUCAAGCACUCACACAUAAAGGGCAAUCGCUCGCUUUGGCCCUCAUUUACCUAUUGUACAAUAAUUAUAAAUACGUAUUUUAAAUAUAGAGAUAGGAUAAAUAGGUUAAGGGUGUAGGUAUAAGGAAAUUAGGUUUAAACCCAUGAUUAGAUAAAUAAGGUAGAAUUAAGAGUUAAUAUAAGAAUGCAUAUGAUGGGAAAUGUAUGGGAGGGGAUUGGAAGUCCAUUGUAACCCGAAAGGGAAUCAAUAAAACUUAUGAUAUUUAUAAAGUAUUUCAUUUCAAAGUACCACGACAACAUUAAUGUCCUCCAUGAACCGGAUUUUGGAAUGUGUGAUGCACAUUCAAUUCUUCUCAACCUGAUUUGUUUUUUGUUUCUUUUCUUAGAUUUGUUAAUAAUGAUAAUUAAUUUUUUUUCUUUUUCGUUUCAUAAAAUGCGAAAAAAUCGAGUGGGCCACUUCCAAUCCAGUUAAAUAAUUUUAUUAUUUCUUUUUGUUUGUUUGCUGUGACAGAAUUUCAUUCCGAAAGAACGAUGAAAUGUAAAAAUAUUAGUUUUUAUUUUUUAUUGAAAGUUUAUCAAUGUUUUCGUUGAAAUGUUGACUAGAUUAAGAAAAACGUCCUCAUGUUCAUUAA